AUGGUUCGACUCGGUGAUCUCUUGUCAGUGGGAGAGAGAUGGUCGGGCAAUCCGCUGGGGCAGACGGAACCAGGACACUUCCCUGAAGAGCUAGUCGUCACAGCCAUCGAUGAUCGACCUCACUUCAUCAUCAACCAGCUGGCGAAUGGGUCGUAUACCUACGACGGCUACCUGUACCAGCUGUGGGAGAUCCUCGCGCAGCAGCUGGGACUACGGUACCGCAUCCAGCCACUGCUGAACGGCGGCGGGUACGGCUAUCUGGACCCCAACGGCACGUGGACCGGCCUGGUGGGCGAGCUGGCGGCCGGCCGCGCGGACGUGGCUCUCAGCUGGCUCACCUACAGGGUGGACCGCGCCGCGGUGGUCCACUUUGUAGACGCGGUGCCCGUGGAGCGCGACCAGUACGCCUUCUCCGUGGCCGGUGGAUCGGAGACCGGUCGCGGCCUCGACUCGGAUGCAGUGGCCGCGCUGCUGAGGCCGCUCGACGCUGCCGUCUGGUGGACGCUGCUGGCAUUCCUGCUGAUCGUCUCCGCGCUACUGCACGUCGUCGUGCGCUACAGUCGCCCCGGAGCAGAGACGCGCCGCACGGUAUCCGAGAUGACGUGGGGCUCGUGUUUAUUCCUCAGCUUUAUGACGCUGGUCGGCCAGGGCUGGGAGCGAACCCCGCGCUCGCUGGCCGCCCGCCUGGUAACCCUCUCCAGCUGGAUGCUCGGUUUUCUGAUCUACUGCAGCUACACGGCCACGCUGACCUCCCGUCUGACCGUCAGCGACGUCAGUCGACCCAUCAGCAGUCUGAGGGAGUUCUCCGAGCAGCCCGGCUGGACGUUCGCCAUGGAGCCAGGUCUCGGUAUUCUCAACGACUGGAGGAGCAGCGACGACGCCGUCGAACGCGAGCUCUACUGGCGCGCAGUCUCCGGAGAGGGAUUCGUAGCCAUCAACUUGACGACUGACACCGUCCACGUGACCACGCAGAGCCAUGUGAUGACCUUCAUCGCCAUCAACCGACUCAGCUUCGUACUGGGGAACGAGGCCUGCAAGCUCGUGCCGUUGCUGGACUACGUGCCGCCGAAGACCAACACCUACCUGGCGAUCUCCAAACGGCAUAAGAAGCUGAAGAAGGCGCUGAACAAGCUGUUAUUGAAGAUGAACCAGGCCGGAACGUCUGUGUAUUCUCGCUCUUGA